AUGGCGACGAUUAGAAUCGCAGAUCCGGCGCAUACGGGAGAUGAGCCGGGACAGCCGCCGUCAGUUGAUGAUGAAUCAACCAGGGGCCCAGCUUUCUCCAGGUCGCAAUCGAUGGCCCGAUCACAUCAAGGGGACACCCACGAGAGUAUUAUCAAUAUCCGCUCCCAUUCCUGGAUGCCGGAGGGGAUCAGUAGCAGGAUCUCGGCCGCCGAGCAACCAGACGACGACCCAGGCUUGCGAAACCCGGGCGACUUCAAGCAGAGACAGGUAUUCAAAGGCAAGAUGCUGUUAUGGCUGGCAUAUCAAUCUGUGGGCGUGAUUUAUGGCGAUAUUGGCACCAGUCCCCUCUACGUCUUCUCGUCCACAUUUUCAUCCCCCUCCUCUCGGCAAAACCUACUAGGCGCCCUCUCCAUCAUUAUUUGGAGCCUGUUUAUGAUGGUGACUGUCAAGUAUGUGCUGGUGAUCCUUCGUGCCGAUAAUGACGGCGAAGGUGGCACUUUCAGUACCUAUUCCCUCCUCAGCCGCUAUGCAAGUGCUUCUCGCGAUCUCUUCCUCGCAAAAGCUAACUGA